UUGAGUCGUGGUGGAAAGAAACAUUGAAACACAAGUCACUUUCUGUUUAUUUCAAGAUUCCAGCAAAUCACUUACCAGAUUUGUGUCUUGGUCAUAGAAAAGAUAUACAGACGAUACCUAGAGUAUAUCAAAACCCUUUAACAGAAAAUUAAAAGUUACAGAUAGCCUUAUUGUAAAUGCUGUCCAAUGAUAGCUAGACGUAGGAGAAAUAAUUCUGGGUCUGAAUUAAAACAAGAAAACGGUUUUGUACAACACAGUGGAAACACAUUUGUAACCAGCAAUCCAACAGUUCCUACUACCAAGGCAGUUGUUGAGCCAGAAAUGUCAUGUCGUGACCGUACAGGGGAGUUUUUAUCAGCAUGUAAAGUUUUACAAACAAGACAGAUAAAUGGAGCCAUUCAAAGACCAAGUCAUCCUCUGAGACAAAGAAGUGAAUUUACACAGAUAGCUAAGCGUAUAGGAAGAGACCUUGCUAAUACUUUUACAAAGUUAGAAAAACUGACAAUAUUGGCAAAAAGAAAAUCCUUAUUUGACGAUAAGCCAGUUGAGAUACAGGAAUUAACAUAUAUUAUAAAACAGGACAUUGCUAGUUUAAACAAACAGAUAGCACAGUUACAACAGUUUGUACAACAUCACAAACAGCAGAAUGGAAAACAUCUGCAGACUCAUUCCAAUACAGUUGUCGUGUCAUUGCAGUCAAAGUUGGCAAAUAUGUCAAAUGACUUUAAAGGAGUUUUGGAAGUUAGAACAGAGAAUCUGAAACACCAAAAAUCUCGUCGAGAACAAUUUUCACAGUCAAAUGCAAUGUCAAUGCAUCCAUCAACAGUUGGCAGUAGAGAAAAAUCUGUAUUAUUUGAAGAUGAAGCUACAUAUAAUGGUGCUUCUGGUGGUGGAGAUUUUGUGAUGAACAUGGAUGGUUCAUCUAAACAUCAACAACAGCAGCAAUUGAUAGAUCAACAGGACACAUAUAUAGAGGAUAGGGCAAACACGAUGCAGAGUAUAGAAUCAACGAUAGUCGAACUGGGCUCAAUAUUUUCACAGUUAGCACAUAUGGUCAAAGACCAGGAAGAAAUGGUUCAAAGAAUUGACACUAAUGUGGAGGAUACAGAAAUGAACAUUGAAGCAGCUCAUGGAGAAAUAUUAAAAUACUUUCAAUCAGUGACUUCAAACAGAUGGUUGAUGAUAAAAAUAUUUGCUGUUUUAAUUAUAUUUUUUAUAGUAUUUGUUGUAUUUAUGGCAUAACUCAUUUAUUUAAAUGGAAUUUUAUGCAGUCUAAUUGAUCAACCACCAAAAAUAAGAAAUACUUUUAGAUUUUUAUACAAAAUCCAGUAAAAUUGAUGCCAGUUGUUACCGAUUCAGUUAUAUUCCAUCCAGGUCAGGACCAAAGCGAAAGAGAGAGACAAACCAUGGGUAACAAUUAGAAAGAUUGUGAUACAUAGUGAAGCCUUGACUAGGAUCAUCUGUGCUUUAUAUCUGGUCAGCUAAAAAAGAUAAACAUCUUUUAUUUUUCUAUAUAUGUUUGGGCAAAAUAAAUUUCAAUUUGAAGAGGAUAAUUAAUCUAAAUCUUAUUCUUCAGUUAUUCUCCACUAUUUUAUCAACACUUUUUCAAACAAAAUAUGUACUAAUAUUUUUAUCAGUUAAUAUAUUAUUGUAUUACAUGUUAAUUGUUAUUUGUCUCCAAAGAGAUUUGUGCAGAAUAAAUGAACAUUAUGGAAUGGACCAAUUAUAUGAAAAUAGUCUGUUUAUAAUAUUUUAGGUGACAUUUUCAGUUUUAACAUCUCUUGGGUAAUUUUGACAUCAUGUAUGAUUACUUAUUAAGUUCAGAUGGCAUAUAGAUUAAUAUUGAUCAAGUCUAUUAGCUUGACUAGAUUCUGACAGCAGAUGUAUAUUGCCAGUUUUGUUAUAGUUUAUCUUAACACUAAAAAUGCAGAAGUUUAUGUGUGCAUUUAUUAAUUUGAAUUGUUGAAAAAUGACUGAAACUCUAUUUUCUAUUGAAGUAUUAACUCUUAGAAUGAAACAGCAAGUUAAAAACAUAGUGAUCUCACCUAGUCCCAAUUUUUUAAUUUAUUUUUUCAAUCUACAAUGUUCUAGUAAAUCAAUAUUAAAGAAAACUAUUAAUUUUAUGAAAAUAAGAUGGUACUUAUAUUAGUAUCAAUAACAACAGUAUUUGAUUUAAAGAGCUUCUUAUAUUAUAUUUGAGAAAAAAAAAUUAGACUAGGUUUUGUUAUCUUCUCCCUAAAAAUGUAUCUUGUGUUUUCUAUAUGAUAUGUGUCUGAUGUAUCCAGCUUUUAUUGUUUACUAUUGAGGGAAGGGGAGGGGGAUUCUACGUGAAAAGUAAAUCUGUUACUCAUAUUAUUAAACUUUUUUCUUUAUAUUUCAUAUAAAUAUUGGUAAAAUAAAAACCUUAGUAACAAAUUUUGAAUUUAUAUCCUUACAUUCUUUAAUUAAAUACAAGUUAUAUUUACCCAUGGUUGAUAUAGUAGUAACUUUUGAUUUAAACAAACUUUCCAUAUUUCUUUUUACCAACUUAAACACAAGAUAUGUUUUGCUUUUUGUCCAGUUGCAAAUGUAUUCAUAUUAUUAGGGAGAAUAAAAAAUUAUACUAUUAAGUUCUAGGUUCUGCCAAGUUGGUCAACUGAGAUGGUUAGUUGUAAAAUGGACUCUCACUGGAAAAAAAGAGAAGUGUUAUUUCAGUUGGAGCAGAAAUUUCUUCUCACAACAGGCCCUUUAAAAUCCCUUAAAUAACUAUUGCAAGUGUUUGUAAAGUGCAAUGAUCAUGACACUCUCCCAAAUAGGGAACCAUAUUUAGCAUCCCAUUCUCACCCUAUAAGGUGAUGAGAUAAAUUGUUUAUACUAAAUACAUUACAAAAUAGAAUUACUUUGAUCUGUUAUCUUUAUUUCACCAGAAUUAAACUGGAAAAUGUUAUUUCACCACACAGGUAUACUGUUAUUUUUAGUAUGUCUAGUAUUAGAUAUAAUCUUAUAUUUUAAAGCAAGAAGUAACUUUUUAAUAGAAAAUUCUCCAAAAUAAUUCAUUGCACAUACUUUGAAGUGACUAGUUUGUCAGAAUACUUGUUGGCUUUUACUUCUAUUACGUUUUUUAAAGUGCCUUUAUUGAAGACCAAACAUGAAUGGCAAAAGUUGUUGUGCUGAAUGCAUUUCAUUUAAAGAUACAAACUUGGGAUAGUUUUAUAUCAUCUUGUAUAAUUACCCAGAUUUAUAGUAUGAUGACCAUAUUUGGAAACAGUGAAACUAAAAAUCUAGGACUUAUUUUUUUCUGCAUUAUAAAUUCUUACUUUGACAAUCAUUAUUUAAAACUAUGAAUGAUCUUAAAUGCUUAAAAUAUUGCUAUUUUUAAGAGACCAAAAAUUUCGAUCAACACGGAUAUAAAACUGAAAGUAUUAAUUUUAUUUAUGUACUUCUCUUCCAUAUAUGUAAAAUAUAACUGUAUAGAUCAUUGGGUGUUAUCAUGUCAUUCACCAGGGACCACCUACAUUGUAGUCUGUUGUUUUACUUUCUAUUAUUAUAUUUAUGAUGUUGACCAUUCAUAUAUUUAUUUUUCAUUACAUUUAUUGGUAUUCCAUACACACAUUAGAUUUGAAAUGAUCUGUUUUAGAGAUAUACAGAUAAUUAUGUUUUACUUUUCAAACAUGUUUCUCUCUAUCUUCCAAUUUCCUAUUUUGCCUAAUUUCUUGUUUGCAAUUUAAGAUUUUAGGUCACCUUUCCCUUUUGAUUUGAAAAGUACUAUUAUAUGUUACAAAUAUCUGUUUUCAUCAUUUUACUGGAAUCUUACAUUAAGGAAUUACAGAAUUGUGUAAUUUCUCAUUAACUUAUUUUGAUGGAAUCAUACUUUUUAUUUGUUGUUUAGUUGGAAAUAAGGUGUUAAUGCAAAGUCGUCACAAAAAAUACAGUUCUUAUGAACAGGUCUACAGAUCAACAUUCAGUGCAACAUUCUGGUAAAAAAAUUUCAUUGGGUUUUAUAUUUGUAGGACUCUAAAGUGUGAUGGUUACGCUAAAAAGCGAUAGUCUACGCUAAAGUGUGAUGUUUGGUUACGCUAAAGUGCAAUGGUCUGUGCUAUUCAAUGGAACAUGCUGAAGUAUGAUGCCUCAAUACGCUAAAAUGCAAUUUUCCGCGAAAGUGCGAUUGUUUACGAAAAUAAGGAAGUUAGCUAGGUUUAAAAGCAUUCUGACAUUACACGCUGUUUGUACAAACGAAGUCAUUCACAUACCGGAAAACAAGAAUGUUUGUCCAGGUUUUUAUUAGACAGCAAAAAAGAAAAAAGAAACCAAAUGACCCCAAUCCGGAACAUUUUUGGUCGGUUCUCGAAGAGGUUACCUUAAUUCGGAUAAUUUUGGUUUACAAAGGCUUCAAAAUGACCAGUGUAAACAAUUCAAACGAGCAAAAUAAUGGCCUGAUUUAUAUACAAAAUAAUAAACGAAAAACAAAUAUGAAAUACAGCAACAACGAAACGACUACCACUGAAUUACAGCUGUCGGUUUAUUGGAUUGAAACAGGUUCAUAAAGUUAAUACUAGCUACUGCAAUGUAAUCAUUUCACUUUUUUAACAACUAUCGUACAUUAAAUGAAAGUAAGAAGAUGUGAUAUAACUUGUCAAUGAGACAACUAUCCACCCAACACCAAAUGUCGUUAAUGUUGCAACUAAUAACCGUACGGCCAUCAACGUGGAGUCUUAGCCUACGACGCAUAGCAAGUCGUAUAGGGCCAUACAAUAACCAGUAGAAAACAUUUCAAAAGAGAAAGACAACGGCAUGAUUUAUAAUCCGGCAAAAACAAUUAACAAAGAAUUUAAUAGGAACAGCAAAAAAAAACCAAAAAAAAACAAUUGCCUGAACUUAUUGCUAUACCAUUGCACUUUAGUGUCUGGCACCAUCGCACUUUAGCGUGACCAUCGCACUUUAGAGUCCUACAUAUUUAAUACCUAUGCAGAAGUAUCCUAAAUUGAGUGUCCCUACUAGUUUUGAAAAGCAUUUGGUACAGGCUUCUUGAAAAUUGUCUUAAGAGUUCAAAGUAUGAUUAAAAACCCCACCAAUCUGCAGUGGAUAUUCAAGUUUGUAUUUUUUUUUUAGGGUUGUGUUAAUUUAAUGAACCUUAAACAUUGAAUACAUACUGAGCAUUAUUUACAAUGUAGAUGUAUGAAAGCAUUUUUUUUUUCUAUCACCACAUAUUUAUACUGUGUGAUUUAUGGGAAUUUUUUGUUGAUGAUACAUUUUAUAUUUUUUGAUUCAUAUGAAUCUUCUUAACACUUCUUAGUUUAUGUGGCAAUUCUAAUAAUAUCAGAAAUAUUGACAAGGAAUAUUUUAUUUUACAUGGGAUAACUACACUUUAGCACCCCUACCUUGUCAUGCAAUGGGAAUAGAGGUUUUGUCAUGUCCAUCUUUAUAUUUGUUUGUUCUUAGUAUAAUGUUUAGGUCCAUUUCUCAGUAAAACAAUAUGAUAUAUGCUGCAAUCUUCCUUACAGUGCAAUGCAGCUCACCAUCAUCUUUGUUAUUAUGAUAUACAUGUAUAACUUUACUGGUGAAGAUUAAUGUAAAUCUCUCAAUGUGUGUUUAGAUAUUAAUCAAAUUGCAUAAUUACAGUAUUCUUAGUUAAUACAACGGUGUCAUUUGGGUAACUAUGUCCUCAACAUUUCAUAUUUAGGUGAAUUUUAUUUGCCUCCAAAAGCUAUGGUAGUAUAUCAGUGAUAUUUCACCAUUUAAGUUUUCUCAUAGUAAAAUGUCAUUUGACAGGAUUUAGGUCACAAUAGCUUACAUUUCAUGCUUGAGUGAUUGGGUUAAGGUCUAUUUCACAGCAAUCAUAAUAAUGUAUCCCUGAUAUUUUCCCACAGCUCUCAUGUAUACUAAUGCUGUUCAGAAUCAUUAGGGUUACUGUGGCUAACAUUGUGUCAUAUAUUUCAGGGGGAAGGGCAUCUAUGUUUACAUAUAAUUGUCAGUGAUAAGUGGAUGUCUCAGUAUAAAAUCUUAGUAACAUUGUAUCCUAUAUCAUUCCUGUUAAUUGGUGCAUCCAGGGAUUGCUCUUACAUUGUAUUGUUUGUUUUAAGGUAAUACAGUAAUAAUGGUCAAAAACAAGUAUGUAUUGUUGAUUGUUCAACUUAAUGUGUGAAAAUUAAAUCAUGCUCAUGUGAUAAAUAUUAUAAUGUUAUGAUAUGUCUGGUGCAAUGUCACCAAUCAAGUAAUAAAAUAUUAAAUACAA